AUGAAUUGGAAACAACUUCCCUUUACCAGCAGCGAGAAGUCAGCAGAUAUCAGUAAGGAUGAUAUAAAUCAGGAGAAACAUGUGUCGGAUAACAAAGAUAAUAUAAAUAAAGAUGAUAUUGAUCACCAUGAAGAAUCAAUUAAAUGUGAUAAGGAUCUUUACGAAGAAACUAAAAAGAAUGGAAAGAACAAGUCGAAUCACAGGUAA